ACCAGUCCCGAUGGUAGUUCAGCCAGUCCCUAUGGUAGUUUAACCAGGCCCAAUGGUAGUUCAGCCAGUCCCUAUGGUAGUUUAACCAGGCCCAAUGGUAGUCCAGCCAGUCCCUAUGGUAGUUUAACCAGGCCCAAUGGUAGUCCAGCCAGUCCCUAUAGUAGUUUAACCAGGCCCAAUGGUAGUCCAGCCAGUCCCUAUGGUAGUUUAACCAGGCCCAAUGGUAGUUCAGUCAGUCCCUAUGGUAGUUUAACCAGGCCCAAUGGUAGUUCAGCCAGUCCCUAUGGUAGUUUAACCAGGCCCAAUGGUAGUCCAGCCAGUUCCUAUGGUAGUUUAACCAGACCCAAUUGUAGUUCAGCCAGUCCCUAUGGUAGUUUAACCAAGCCCAAUGGUAGUCCAGCCAGUCCCUAUGGUAGUUUAACCAGGCCCAAUGGUAGUCCAGCCAGUCCCUAUGGUAGUUUAACCAGGCCCAAUGGUAGUUCAGCCAGUCCCUAUGGUAGUUUAACCAGGCCCAAUGGUAGUCCAGCCACUGAUAUGAAAGAAAUUGUAUAA